UGCCGAUGACAAACAAGCAUUGCCUUAUGCAAAGGACCUGAAAAUAAUAUGCGACUUGUUCGACAAACAUCUUGACAACUCCUAAAUUCUACCGCAAUAAUGUCUCAGCCAGCGUUAUCCUCAGCCGUUCUUCGUCUAUCGCGACGCCAAAACAUGCCUGGUGUGGCGAUCGUACGCUUCACAUCCAGCAGAGCAUCAAAUUCGGCCUGCCGCUUGUCCGCGCCUUUCUCCUCAUGCAGCACCACUAUUCCUCGGUCUAUUUCGAGCUCUCUGAUCCCUUCCACAGCCAAUGCUUUGUUUCGGAUCCCCUCCACAAGACGUUCUCUGAAUUACCGCCCACGCUGUGCUUUCUCCGCAUCAACUGCUCGGGCAGGCGCGAAAGUUGUACAGAAUCCGAGGAUGGACGAUGAAGGGAACACGUUGAUGAUCAAUAUUUCUCCUCGGGCAGCGGAGGUAUGUUGGAUAACUUUCUUAAAAUUGUGGCUCUGCCCCUUUCCGGAAAUCGUGCAUCAGACCAUGAAGGGUACUAUCUGCCGUGGCAUCCUCGGGAUUUACAUAACAGCGCUUUAUCGAGAGGUGAAGAGCUGCGUCACCGGGGUAUAAGCCUCGUUGAACACAGAUCUAGCACAUACGACCAUAGGGUGUGGAAAACAGGGCUUCCCGUCCGCUCAGCCGUACUUAAGCCACACGCCGGCCGGUUAGUAGUUGGCGUCUU